AAUUUUGUUUUUUGCCUAACUUCAAUCUACUUCAAUCUUUACUUCAAUCAUAUUUAUAUUUUUUACUUACAGCUGUUACAGCGUUUGCGUUUAUGUUUGUGUAUUUUUUACAACAGGCAGGCUGUGCAAAUUGGUGCAAAUCAGAAAGCAAGUGUGAUUGUAGGUUUUAGAGACGAGUUAUCUCUGGUAGUGGAAAAAAUGGAUAGGGAUGUAAAGGAAAAACCAGAAAAACAUAAACCCGAACAUAUAAUUAUUCGAAAUACGGCAGACUACCAGCGAAUGAAGCUAGAAAAAUUGAUGAGAAAUCCUGAAAAACCUGUUCUUAUUCCAGAGAGACCUAAAGAACGUGGAUCUCCUCAUAUUCCUGACUUUGUACGUAAUGUUAUGGGUUCAAGUGCCGGGGCAGGAUCGGGAGAAUUCCAUGUAUAUAGACAUUUAAGGCGUAAAGAGUAUGCCAGACAAAAAUAUAUGCAAGAGAAAGCAGAGAGAGAAAAGAAGGAUGCAGAUUAUAAAAAUAAACUGGAAGAAAAUAAAAAGUUAGCAGAACAGAGAACAGCUAAGAAAAGAGCAAAGAGAUUAAAAAAGAAACAAAGUAGAACAAAUGGUUCAAAAAAAUUGAAAACGACACAGGAAGUUGAAUCUGAGAAGAGUGAUGAUACUUGUAGUGAUGAUGAUUUGAACACUAGUUUAAAGGAGGAAGAUGACAAUGAGGUUUUAAUUCAUGAAGAUAGAACACAACAUUAUGAAGAAACUGAUACAAAACUAAAAUUAAAUCUUAAUAAUGAAGAUAACAAAAAUAUUUCAUGUAGUGAUUCUACUUUAGACUCUAAAGAAAGUGACCUGUAGUUAAAUAAUAUGGAAAUAUACAAGAGAAACUAAUGAGAAUUAUGAUAAGACCAAUAAGAGCUUCUUCAGAUAAGGCAUCUGUAAAUAUAAAUUAAAUGAUGGUCUCAGAUAUAAAAAUAUCAUUAUGUAUUAAAUACAUUGAUUGUGCUGGACUUAGUGGGUAUAUUGCAGUUUCAUAGUAAAUGAUCACUAAUUAAUUUUAAAAAA